AUGUCUGUAUUAGGAGGCGAAGAGGUGAGCACAGUCACUGCUGGUGUUCUCAAUCGGAAAAAGAUGACUAUAACGGGAGAGGUGGUGUUGGUGAAAAAGGAUAAGUUCGACUCUUCCGCCGCUGCCAUUUCCGACGGUGACUUCUUGGGCGAAGCAGUUUCUCUCCGGCUCGUCAGUGAUAAACGGAACGGGAUGCUAGGAGAAAAAGCUCACUUGGAGAUAUGCACUAAGCCCUCGCGUGAGUUAAAUCCAGAAGAGUCGAUGUUUAAUGUGAUUUUCAAUACUGACGAAUCUAGUAUUGAUGUCCCUGAAGCUUUGCUUAUCGAGAACAAUAUUGAUAAGAAGGUCGAGUUCUUCCUCAAGACCAUUUCCCUUAGUGUUCCCAGUGAAUCGAAGCCUGUCUGCUUCAUCUGCAACUCAUGGGUUUACCCAGCUAUCAAAUACGGAUCAAGCUACACUCGUGUUUUCUUCAGAAACAAGUCAUAUAUUCCAAGCGAAACACCACAAACACUGCUUCCAUACAGAAAAUCUGAGCUCAAAUACUUGAAAGGAAAUGGAUUAGGAGAGCGCAAGGAGUGGGACAGAAUCUAUGACUAUGAUGUGUACAAUGAUCUGGGUGAACCUGAUACUCCAAACCUUGCUCGUCCAACUCUCGGAGGGAAUAGCGAAUUCCCUUACCCUCGCAGAGGAAGAACGGGCAGACCACCCACUAAGACAGAUCCUAAAUGCGAGAGCAGGCCCGCUAAGGCUAAACUUAUAUACAUUCCACGAGAUGAACGAGCUGAUCGCUUGAAGGAGUCAGCCCCUCUUUCCCUUGCUUACAGAAUAAAGGUUUUCUGUAGUAAAACCGCCUUACAUGCUCCAACAGUAGAUCAAAUCAGUGCUAAGUCUACUGCUGUUGAUGACGAGUUUAAUGACUUCGAACAAGUUUUUGCCUUGUUUGCUGAUCGAGGAGGAAAAUAUCCUACGCCUCACUUGAUUAAAGGUAAUAAAUCUUCAUGGAUGACUGACGAGGAAUUUGCUAGACAAAUGAUUGCUGGUGUCCACCCGGUCCACAUUCGAUGUCUCAAAGAAUUCCCACCGACCAGUAAGCUAGACACUAAAUUGUAUGGAGAUCAAACUAGCACAAUUACUGAGGACCACAUUAAGGACAAGUUGGAGCCGGAGUUCACUGUAGAAAAGGCACUGGAGCAAAAUAAACUAUUUAUAUUGGAUCAUCAUGAUACGUUCAUGCCAUACCUUCGGAAGAUAAACGAAAGUCCUACUACAAAGGCUUAUGCAAGUCGAACUAUACUGUUUUUGACAAGUGAAGGGACAUUGAAGCCUGUUGCGAUCGAGUUAAGCCUCCCACCAAAUUCAGAUUGUGAUAAAGAGGGUUCGGUGAGCAAAGUAUAUACCCCAAGUGAAGGUGGUGUCGAGUAUGUGCUGUGGGAAUUGGCCAAAGCUUAUGUAGCUGUAAAUGACUCUGGUUAUCAUCAGCUCUGCAGUCAUUGGCUGAAUACACAUGCUGUGAUUGAGCCUUUUGUGAUAGCAACAAACAGGCAGCUAAGUGUUCUCCACCCAAUCCACAAACUCUUGCAGCCGCACUACCGUGAAACUAUGAACAUAAAUGCACUCGCCAGAUUACUUCUCGUCAAUGCCGGUGGAAAAUUAGAGUCCUUGUUUUUCCAGGGAAAGUAUGCUAUGGAGUCAUCAUCAGCAGUUUAUAAGGACUGGGUAUUUACUGACCAAGCACUCCCAGCAGAUCUUCUUAAAAGAGGAUUAGCAGUGAAGAAAAAUGAGAAUGGUAGUGCAGUUUGCCUGGUAUUAGAGCACUAUCCUUAUGCUGUUGAUGGGUUAGAGAUCUGGUCUGCAAUAAGAAAAUGGGUUGAAGACUACUGCACCCACUACUACGCGAGUGACGACAUUGUCCAGAAAGACACAGAGCUUCAGGCAUGGUGGAAGGACGUCAGGGAAGUGGGUCACGGUGACAAGAAAGACGAGCCAUGGUGGCCAAAAAUGAAAACGAUUGACGAACUAGUCGAGUCAUGCACCAUACUCAUAUGGAUUACUUCUGCUCUUCAUGCAGCUGUGAACUUUGGACAGUACCCUUUUGCAGCCUUCUUUCCCAACCGCCCCUCCCUAAGCCGACGGCUCAUGCCGGAGGAGGGCUCUGCUGAAUACAACCAGCUUGCUACUGAUUCAGUCGAGAAAAGUAUGUUGUUGACCAUUACUCCAAAAUAUCUGAGCGAUGAAGGGAUUUCCCUUGUUCAUCUUUUGUCGAAGCACACUCCAGAUGAGGUCUUUCUUGGUAACGAAAAAAAUUGUGAUUGGACUUCAGAUGCUAAUAUUCUGAACGCUUUUACAAGAUUUGGACGUAAACUUGCUAAAAUUGAAAAAAGCAUCGAGGAUAGGAACAAGGAUGUGUCUGAGAAGAACCGAGCUGGGUUGGUCAAUUUCCCAUACACUUUGCUCAUUCCUACGAGUGAACCAGGGAUCACUGCUAGGGGAAUCCCCAACAGCAUCUCAAUCUAGCUAAAUAAUGCUUGUCGAUCUUGUCUCGUUGUGUUGUUUUUG